CGCAUAAAUUGUUGUUGUAGAAACCAAAACCAAGCCAAAAAUAUCGUGUUUCGUUGUGCAUCUGCGGCUAUAUGGAUCUGCUCUCGAUAACGCAGAAGGUGCUCAUACGCCGCACGGAUGGACGGGUCCAGCUGGCGAGUAUCAUCAAGCUGGAUGGCGGGUCCAAUAGCUCCGUGACCGUGGAAUGGCCCGAGGGCGAUUGCACGCGUGGCAAGGAGAUUACGCUGUCCCAGAUCAUUGAAAUGAAUCCGGAAAUUUUCGCGGUACAGCGAAGAGGGAACGUGGCAGGAAUGGCCUCCAUUCCACCCAGAGCCUCCACACUGAGCGCCAGUAUAAUGGUGAACACCCUGAUGCAACGUCUGCCGGCUGGCAAUGCACCGUACCCAUUGCGGCGCCUGAAGGUGGGCAGUGCCGCACCCAGGCAGCGGUCGGCCAGCCGGCAGGAGCGGCAUCAGCAGAGGGACGUUCUCGGUGGAUCUGAUCGGUGCGACUCCAACUGGGACACUGCCAGGAUGAUCCGCUUUUAUCGGAUGCAGAUGGAAAGCCGACCGCUGGAGAACAUGGGCUUUCCGGGCCCCCUGAAGAGGCACGGAAUUGUGGUGUGUGUGCGGAAGCGCCCUCUCAACCGGAAGGAGCUGGCCGAGCGCGAGCUGGACGUGAUCAGCAUGCCCCGGGCGGACAUGCUGGUGGCGCACGCGCCGCGCCGGCACGUGAACCUUGUGCGAUUCCUUGAGAACCACAACUUCCGCUUCGACUAUACCUUCGACGAGGCCUGCUCAAACGCCACCGUCUACAAUUAUACUGCCCGUCCCCUGAUCCGGCACAUAUUUGAUGGCGGAAUGGCCACGUGCUUCGCUUAUGGGCAGACCGGGAGCGGCAAGACCCACACAAUGGGGGGAGAAUUCACGGGAAAGCAGCAGAACGUGAUGGACGGCAUCUAUGCGAUGGCGGCCACCGAUGUCUUCAGCACUUUGGCGGAGCCGGCGAACGCCGGCCUGGGACUGAGGGUGACCUGCAGCUUUUUCGAGAUCUACGGAUCGCGGAUCUACGACCUCUUGACUCCGGGCAGAGCGCAGUUGCGGGUUCUCGAGGAUAGCCACCAGCAGGUCCAGGUGGUGGGUCUCACCGAAAGGCCAGCGCGCUGCACCACCGAUGUCCUCUCACUCCUGGAGCAGGGCAACUGUGCCCGCACCUCAGGCCAUACCUCGGCCAACUGCAAGUCUUCUCGCUCCCAUGCCAUUUUCCAGAUUGUUCUGCGAUCCGCGAACACGUACCGUCUCCAUGGAAAGCUCUCGCUGAUCGAUCUGGCCGGAAACGAGCGGGGGGCGGACAACUCCAGUGCGGAUCGAAGGACACGCCUGGAAGGCGCCGAGAUCAACAAGUCCCUGCUGGUACUGAAGGAGUGCAUCCGGGCUCUGGGUCGUCAAUCGGGCCACAUUCCAUUCCGUGGCUGCAAGCUCACCCAGGUGCUGCGCGACUCCUUCAUCGGAAAGAAGGUAAAGACCUGCAUGAUAGCGACGAUCUCGCCGGGUCUGCGCUGCGUGGAGCACACACUGAACACCCUCCGAUAUGCGGAUCGCGUCAAGGAGCUUACGGCACAGACUGUGCCCCCAAAGCGUUUCUCUCGGUCCACUUCCGUGGUGGCAGCCCCGUCCGUAUCGGGAAGCAGCCUGGUUGAAACCAAUUCCCUUCCGGAUAUCAUCAGUCCAACCCAGGCUUCACAGUCCCUAACCAACUUGCAAUGGUUCGUCUCCUCCACAUCCCUACCGGUCGUGGAAAACCACUCGAACAGAACGACUAGAACCCGUCGAUCUUUGGAAAUGGACGCUCUGACCUACUGCUCAAAUCCGAACGAGAACAGAAGACCCGAACGGGAGCAGUAUAAUCCUCCCAAUUUACAUAAACCCGUACCGCAGAUGUGCUCACGGCAUUCGGAGGUGAACUCAAGACAUUCGGAGGUAAACUCAAGACAUUCGGAGGUGAACUCACGGAGCACGGAGGGGAACUCACGGCACACGGAGGAGAACUCACGAAACACGGAGUUGAACUCACGGAACACGGAGGGGAACCCACGAAACUCGGAGGUGUUCCAAGAUGCCUCGCUGCUGCUGUCCAAAGCUUUGGACCUGGUAAAAAGAUCCCGUGAGAACGAGUUCUAAAUCAUGAUUUCUACAACACACACAUUAUCUACUAUAUAAAAUAAGUCUUGGAUCUGAAUAAAAAGAAUCAGAGGAAGUAAAA